CUCCGGUCUGAUUGGACGAAUGGAAGGCUGGGCCCUCUCCCUGCCGCUCACACCCCCUCCUCCACUCUUUCCACCUUUUAGCUGAGCGCUCCUGGCUCAGUGCUUCCUCUCGGCUCAUCUCACUUCCUGAAACACCCCCGAAGAGCCUUGCUUAUCUUGAUGGCGCUUCAUUAGCCCUCGGGGACAGGCGAAGGCGGGGUCCUUAAGCAUAUCUGUCUGGGGAACUAAGUGCCACAGCUCUUUCAGAUUCAGCCCACGUAGAAGUGUCCUCCAGGCUCUUGGAGGGAACCUGGGAUGUGUGGCCGGCAGGGGGACCAGGACUGAUUGCCCCGUGAUGGGCUCUCUCUAAGGAGAGGGGCCGUCGGAGAGAACGCCCCAACAGAGGCGAGAAGGAAUGGGUAAGCUGUGAGUCUGAGACGGCCACUGCCGCGCCUGGACCUCCAGCAGGAGCGGGCACUUGCCGGCCCACACGGAUCCUGUUUGUGCGCCUGUCACCUGCGGAGGCUCCUCAGGGGAACCAAGAUGGCUGUCAACAGCACCGACCCGCUGGUCAGAAUUUCCUACAUCACCGCGGAGGCUGUCAUCGGACUGUGCGCCAUAGUGGGCAACAUGCUGGUCAUCUGGGUGGUCAAGCUGAACCCCAGCCUGCACACCACCACCUUCUAUUUCAUCGUCUCUCUAGCCCUGGCUGAUAUCGCUGUUGGGGUGCUGGUCAUGCCUUUGGCCAUUGUCAUCAGCCUGGGCAUCACCAUCCACUUCUACAGCUGUCUUCUCAUGACCUGCCUGCUGCUGGUCUUCACACAUGCCUCCAUCCUGUUUUUGCUGGCCAUUGCUGUGGACCGGUACCUGCGGGUCAAGCUCACAAUCAGAUACAGGAGGGUCACCACUCAAAGAAGAAUAUGGUGCGCCCUGGGCCUUUGCUGGCUGCUGUCAUUCCUGGUGGGACUGACCCCCAUGUUUGGCUGGAACAACAAAACAUCCUCAGGGUUGCCCGGAAAUGUGACCCUGCUUCCUUGCAAAUUCCUCUCCGUCAUGAAGAUGGACUACAUGGUCUACUUCAGCUUCUUCUCUUGGAUUUUCAUCCCCCUCGUGGCCAUGUGCGCCAUCUACAUUGACAUCUUCUGUGUCAUCCGGAACCGACUCAACCAGAGCUCUUCGACCUCCAAAGAGACAGGUGCAUUUUAUGGGCGGGAGUUCAAGACAGCCAAGUCUCUGUUCCUCGUUCUCUUUCUGUUUGUUCUGUCCUGGCUGCCUUUAUCCAUCAUCAACUGCGUCAUCCACUUCAAGGGCGACGUGGUACCAGAAGUGGUGGUGAACUUGGGCAUCCUGCUGUCCCAUGCCAACUCCAUGAUGAACCCUGUCGUCUACGCUUUCAAAAUAAGAAAGUUCAAGGAAACCUACUUCGUGAUCCUCAAAGCCUGUAUGACCUGCCAGCCCUCUGAUUCCUUGGACUCGGACGUUGAACAGAUUUCUUAGUAGUUGUCCCUGAAAGACGACUGUCUCAUCGGUCUUCAGAUUCGACAUCAACACACACACUUUAGGCCCAGUCCCCCCGGGCCGAGGUCUUUCACAUCCUUGAUUCUUCCACGGGUGUCUCCAGGUGAUCUUCUACUACCCUCGUCCCCAAAUUUGAUUUCUUUUUUUUUGGUCUUUUAUCUCUUACUCGGUUUUCUGAUGCCUGACUUAAGGAGCAUGUUAUAUUGUUAGUAUUGCCUGUAUCCUUCCUUCUCAGACAAAAGUCACGGAAUCCAAAGGAUACCUCUUCGACUUCACAAAAGCCCCCUUCAGGCCGCGCCCCUGUGUGAUCAGGGCACAGCUCCACACCACGUAAAACUGAGCAGAGAAGCCGGCUCCCAGCAGAGGCCUGGGAGCCAGUGGGAACAGAAGGAGGGAACGCGGUUGAAGCGGGUACUUAAACUACCGAAUUCGCGUGUAAAUGUGUUUGAGUAAAUAAAAGAUGAUAGCCAC